CAUAGCCGGUGUUUGCAUUCACUGUUACGUUUGCUCACUCUCCCUAGUAGUCCCUAACAACACCUACUAGAAGCUUCAUUCAUUUUUGUGUGCCAUGAACGUACCCUCCACCUUCACCACCACCACACCCAACCUCGUGGUGUGUCCCCUUCCCUGAGCCAUGCCUUCUUCCCCCAAGUCCUACGCCAUCUCCUACGCGCGCCAGCCCACGCGCAGAUCCACCCUCUACCUUUUCCUCUCCGCCCUCCUCCUCCUCUUCCUCUUUGGAAUCGUCGCCUUCCUCGCCCAGAUUCGCGGCAGCCGCUGCGUCAACGCGCACCCCCGGUCGGUACGCGUCGUUUGGGAACACUCCGCUGGCGCUGGCACCGUUGCCGGCGAUGGGGGCAGGCAUAAGGUGAUGGGGUUUGUGGGCAUUCAAACCGGAUUCGGAUCCGCUGGGCGGAGAGUGUCCUUGAGGAAGACGUGGUUCCCCUCUGAUCGCCAAGGACUUCAACGCUUGGAAGAAGCUACUGGGUUGGCUUUUAGGUUUAUCAUUGGUAGAACAAGUGACAGAGCAAAGAUGUCAGCGCUUCAGAAGGAAGUAGCAGAAUAUGAUGAUUUCAUUUUGUUGGAUAUCCAAGAGGAGUACAGUAAGCUCCCAUACAAAACGUUAGCUUUCUUCAAAGCUGCUUAUGCACUUUUUGAUGCUGAAUUUUAUGUCAAAGCUGAUGACGACAUAUAUUUAAGGCCAGAUCGUCUAUCAUUACUACUGGCCAAAGAGCGAUCUCAUCCUCAGACAUAUAUAGGAUGUAUGAAAAAGGGACCUGUUUUCACUGAUCCAAAACUCAAAUGGUAUGAGCCAUUGUCACAUUUGCUUGGAAAGGAGUAUUUUCUUCAUGCUUAUGGUCCUAUAUAUGUUCUUUCUGCCGAUGUUGUCCAAAGCUUGGUUGCUCUUAGGAAUGACAGUUUCCGGAUGUUCAGCAAUGAGGAUGUUACUAUUGGAGCUUGGAUGCUUGCAAUGAAUGUCAACCAUGAGAAUAAUCAUGAACUUUGUGCUACAGAUUGUACAGCCACAUCUAUUGCAGUGUGGGAUAUUCCAAAGUGUUCAGGCCUAUGUAAUCCAGAAAAGAAAAUGUUGGAACUCCAUCAAAAGGAAGCCUGCUCUAAGAGCCCAACUCUGGAAUCAGAUGAUGAAUAGAAUUUGUGGGUAUAAUAUAAAGCAAAGUAAGCUCAGAAGGUAGUGUGAAGGAAUUGCUGCUCUUGUUAUUGAUUACUGCCACGAUAUGCUACCACUUCCAUUCUUUUGAUCUUUCUAAUUCUCCUUUCUUCCAGUUAUUAGAAGAGAGGGUGACUGUGUUUUAUUUCCUUAGUUUUCAUUCCCCUAUACUUGGAGAGGUUUGCAUUGGCCGAUAUGAGGAACGUUCUUUAGGGAAGGCUUUUAUAUACUACAUGAGAGAAUAGAUCAAGAGAUCAUUGUUAAUUUACUAAUUUCCUGAUUUUAAUGUCAGUCUUUCUUGGGGUUAUACAUAUUCUGAUUCUUGUACUUCAAAAAUGGGAGUUUGAAUGAUUGUGUACUUCUGCAUGUGUCAUAUUUUACUUCAAGGUUUAUCGGUCCAUCUUUAUAUUUUAUCAUUGCCUCUCCAGUUCAACGAUUGGAAUCAAAUUAAGCUUGAAUCAAUUUGUAUUCUUGUUUUGGGUAGAAAAA